AUGAAACUGAAUGGUGGUGAUAAAAAAUUGCUCGUCGAAGAAUCUCAUGGAAUGUUAUCGGAUGAAACGAUUGUGGAAAUAUUCGAACAACUUGCGCCUAGAGAAAGGGCUCGAUUCUCUGUUAUUAAUAAACGCUUGUAUAAUUUGUUACACCCAUGGAGUGAUAUUAAUCGUAUUACGGCACACAAAGUGGGCAUUGUUCUCUCUUCUGAUCGCUACAUAUUGGAAAUACAUAAUAAUAGUAGUACGGGAAAUACGGACGUUAAUAAACUAGCGAAAGCACUUCGCAGUUCUCCGUUUAUACAAAAGCUUGUGAUUAGUAGCACGGACCAUAUUCGCACAAUUCCUGCUACAUCGUUCGACUGUUUAUCAAACCUUCGAGAACUCACUCUACCUUGUGAUAUUUUUGAUAAAGAGUCGAAUUUACAUGAAAAAAUCGAAGCAAUAUUUUCAAUCAAGAGAUUACUGGUUUUACGUAUUUUAAAACGAUUUGAUACUCCACGCAAAGCAACAAAUGUAAUACGUGGGGAACACAUAGAAAAUUUGCAAGCAAAUGCUAUUAAAAUGUUAAAAUUACAGGGUGUGUCACUGACCGCAGUGGCAAUGGAAAAGAUUUCCGACAAAUACUCGAAUUCGUUAAAAUAUCUAUGUCUUAUGGGCACCUUGGUACAUACACCCGAUGGUGCCAUUUAUCUGAAAGCGUUGUGCAAUUUGAGGUGCUUGUGUAAACUGACGUUACCGCCAUCACUUCUAUCAUUGAGUAGUAAACCAUUGUAUCAAGAAUGUCGAAUGCUGCAACAACUCACUACCAAAUAUCUCUCCGUAUAUGUUUACGAAUCAGAAAUAGUUGAGACACGAUAUUUUAUGAAGAAAUUGCUACCGCUUACACUAAGAGAAUUAUGUUUGCAUGACCCUACCCAUAUGGUAGCUAGAGAUUUGAAAAAUGAUGACUUUCGAAAAUUACAUUUCAAGGUGACAUUUUGCAAACGAGCAGACUCACUGUAUCAGCAAGAAUGGAUGCAUGGUCAUUGUGAGUUGUUAUCACAUAUGGUUUGGGUGCAACCAUACAAACAUUUUAACACUGAAUAUCCACAUCCGGUACCUGGUUGGUGGUUUUUUAUGAGCGAAAACGUAGAUACAGCUGAAGAAGCCACAGAAGUUACGGCAACAGAAGAAUCUCCAGUCCUCCAACCACAUGCUGUUCCACAAAUCCAAGUACCACCAAAUGAGGAUCCUGGGGAAAUGAUGAUGGCUACUAUUGCAAGAUUUUUUGAGCGAAUGAUUGAUGAUCAACUGAACGCUGAAUUUGGUGGUAGAGCUCUUACGGAUUUGGCAGUACUUGAAAAUCCUAGCAACAAUGUGGUGACACCUAACACUGCUAGUCAAUUACCAGUACCACCUAACCAAAUUGGUAGCCACUCAGAGCGUCCCACCGACCGAUCGCGUCGAAGUUACGUGCUGAUAUCAAGAGGUGGAAGGGGAAAUCUACGUCAAUCUAUUGGAAGAACAUCCUCACAAACAAAUACUCAAUCUAUUACACCAACCCAAAGAGAUAUAUCUGCAGGACAACACCAAGAAACAUCUACAACUGCAGAAUCGCCAGAUUCAGAAGAAUCGGAAGGACAAUCAAGCCAGAAUGACAAUGAUGAAGCAGCUCAGUCUGGAUCAACAACAGCAACAAACACAGCGUCGAGUGAUGGGCGAGAAGGAAGAAAUAUAAGACGAAACUAG